CAUUCAUAAACUAGUUGUUUAGAUAAAAGUGUAGUUCUAGUUUUUUGUUUUUAAUUCAAAGUUUAUAAUUUUGUUGAUCGAAAACCAGUUUCAAAGGGCAUUUUAUAUAUUUGUAAAGAAGAUUAUUGUGCCCAGCGGGUGGCGAAAGGAUUCACGUAGUGAAAAUUAUUUUUGAUUUGAGACGAAAUUGGCGGGAAUCCCGAUUUCCCAGGAUGCACUGAGCCGAAUACAAAACCAAGAUGUCGAACGUUAGUCAGAUUUCAUUCAUGUAAUUUAUCCGUGUUCAUCCUCCUACUUUGGGGGCAUGUAUAUGUAAAUAGUUGUGUCAUUAUAAAUUGUAAUAUAUAUAGUGAAACGAGCCUUGUACAUUUAUAAUAUAUAGUGGAUUCCGUUUGUAAAAAGUCGAGAAUUGUAAUAAAAAAAAAGGGAUAAAGAAACCACAACAAAUACGGAAGGUAGAACGUACGGGAGGAAAAAACCGAGCUCAAGUGCAUGUUUCAAUCGAAUUGAAUUCGUUUUCUGUGGAACGAGAAGACCCAACGACAGCCGGAGGAUCGAAACUUCAACGAGGAAAGAAUCCGACGUUGUACGAGAAUUGGAACUUCGCCUCGUUUACCGAUAUAAAUAAACAAAUGAAGUGGCUUGCUGCUGGAGACUCAAGGGAAAUGUUGGGGGAGAGCAACGGCAUUGUACCUGCUCAGCAAGUGGCUAGGCAACAGCAAUCUAACCAAUCACAGAUUGUUGGCAGCGGGAGUGUAGACAAUGCCAGGACACGAGCUCAAGAUGAUGCCAUGGUGGGUUACAUUUAUCAAAGACCCCAGGAUCAACAGUGGUCACACCAUAAUUUGACCCAAGGUGGAGGUGAUGCGGUGAUGUAUCAGGAUUUAAGAGGACCAGCUCAAAUGCAAGAAAUGCAGCCUAGAAACGGACAGGUACAAGAUUUACUUCCCGAAUUAUUCCACAUCCAGAACCUAUUGAUUCCAGUGAAAACCAAACCCAAGAAGUAUAAAUCACGGCGUUAUCCCUCAAAUAUCGCACCGUCGGCCAAGAAGCUGUGGGGGGUUGAGGAGCCUAAAGACGAACCGAAAGGAAUAUUACUGAACGAACACCAGAUGUGGAGAGAUUCGACCUGGAGCACAUCAGAUCAUGCAGUAUCACAGCCAAUAACAAUGGUUGCAAGGAGAUCGGGCAGCUUCCCUGGCAGUGAAGCAGGAAAUAUUCUAUCGCCUAGAUCAUCAGAAACUAGCGGGCUUGGAGUUAAAAUGGUUGAGUAUGUGCUCGGUACCUCCCCGACUAGCAAGGAGCUUGAGCCUAGAAUGAGAACACUAGUUAUGUCAAAUGAUGGUGGAGAGAAAAAAGACAAAGACAAAGCUCCUGCAUCUCCUUAUGACGCAGCUAACAAGAAAGAUAUGGAAAACGGGGUUACACAGAAUGGAGUACAGAACGGCUUGGAUGAUGAUAAAGGGUUUAACCGAACUCCUGGUAGCAGGCAGCCCUCACCGUCAGAUGAAGACUUGAACAAGAACAACCCGGUAGUCGUUCUCGAAGGUGGUCACUUGAUGGGGCACUUCCCAGCAGGCCACCCACUUCUCGAGUCUCAUUUCGAACCGCAGGUGAUGCUUGAUGGGGGUGGUGUCUUUGAACAGGGUGCCCCUCAAUACCAUCAACAGCAGCAGCAGGCAAUGGAGUCGCCCAACGUUCUGCCUCCAUCGUUUGAUGUUCAGGUGAGUGGGGAUUCGAAGUACGAUGCCUUACUUACAAACUUCCUUGCCAAACAGCAGUUGUUUCGGGGGCAACAGCAAACAGCGAGUGGAGCAGCAGCUGCCGCAGCAACAGCACAGCAGCUGCAAUUGGUGCAACAGCAACAGUAUCUUGCAGCGACACAACAGCAGCAGCUUGCUGGCCUAGCUGCAGCUCCCGCGACAGCGACAUUCCCUCCCCACGCACCUCCUUACAUUAUCAACCCUCAGGAACCGUAUGUCAUUGCAGGCCCAACUGUGGUUCCUCAAUAUUAUGGUGUACCUUGGGGAGUUUACCCUACAAAUAUAAUACAACAAGGUGCUGCUACACAGCAAAGAAGGCCUCUUACACCUUCUUCAGCAACUGAAACUGCAAACAACCUAACCCAGGUACAAGCCGGUCAGUACCAAGUAAUACCUGCAUAUUAUGAUCAAAACGGAUCAUUGGUUAUGAGAGGAAUUGGUAGUGGGACACCUAUGAGACUGGUUUCUCCAGCUCCGGUGCUAGUCAACGCUCCGACACCUGCUGGUGUAGCAGGAAACAGCAUGAGAUUGCUAGGGAAUCAAACCCAACAGAUAACAACACCUCCCUCCUCUAUAUACAGCAGUAACCAACCAGCUUCUCUCUACAGCACCCCUACUGCAAAUGGUACUGCUAUAUCAGGUUUGCCACCGCAGUCAGGGGCUAGUGGAAGCGCUGGCUACUCCAACAACUUGGCUUCACUAACUUCGAGUCUAUCUUCUUCCCUCGGUGCAGGGUUAGGCCUUGGAACAGGAAGCACUGGUAGAAGAGAUUCCUUUGACAGAAAUACUUCGGCGUACUCCCCAUCCUUGGAAUAUGGAAGAGCCAAGUGGCCUCAAAGCUAUGGAGCACUUGGUACAGUACCGGCUUCGGCUAGUCCGUUGGGUCUUGCAUCUGGGUCGGUCACUCCGCCACCUCUUGGCUCUGGCAGCGGUGGACUACAGUUGGGCGGUUUGACAGGAGGACGAUCGCUUUUGUCAGCUGCACCAGGUGCAGAAGCUAAAUUUCGUACGUCGACAACAACACCCGGCGGAGGGGUGCUCGGAACCCCUGGAUCUCUAUUUGCCAAGCUUGGAGGGGUUGCACGCACUUUGACCGCUUCUCCACUUGAUUCUAAGCCAACCGGUCGUUCUAGACUCCUUGAAGACUUCAGGAACAACCGCUAUCCGAGUCUGCAACUGAGGGACCUUGCGAAUCACAUCGUUGAGUUUUCCCAGGACCAGCAUGGAUCAAGAUUUAUACAACAAAAGCUUGAAAGAGCCACUGUGCCUGAAAAACAGCUUGUAUUCUCUGAAAUACUCUCUGCUGCUUAUAACUUGAUGACUGAUGUUUUUGGGAACUAUGUUAUUCAGAAGUUCUUUGAAUUUGGUACACCUGAGCAAAAGACAACACUCGCUCAAAAGGUCCGAGGCCAUGUUUUGCCUUUGGCAUUGCAAAUGUACGGUUGCAGAGUAAUUCAAAAAGCUUUGGAGUCUAUUUCUGGAGAACAGCAAGUUGAGAUUGUUCGUGAGCUUGAUGGGCACGUUUUGAAAUGUGUCAAGGAUCAAAACGGCAAUCAUGUCGUUCAAAAGUGCAUAGAAUGUGUCGAUCCACAUGCAUUGCAAUUCAUAAUCAAUGCUUUUCAAGGACAGGUAUUCACUUUGUCCACUCAUCCAUAUGGAUGCAGAGUCAUUCAGCGCAUCUUGGAGCAUUGUACUCAAGAUCAGACAGCUCCAAUUUUAGAAGAACUUCAUCAACAUACAGACCAGCUAAUUCAAGAUCAAUAUGGAAAUUAUGUCAUCCAACAUGUUUUAGAGCAUGGCAAGGCUGAAGACAAGGCAAUACUGAUUGGAGCUGUGCGUGGCAAAGUUCUUGCACUUUCUCAACACAAGUUUGCAUCUAAUGUUGUCGAGAAAUGUGUCACACAUGCAACAAGAGCCGAAAGAGCAGUUUUGAUCGAAGAGGUCUGCGGAUUCAAUGACAAUGCUUUGCACGUGAUGAUGAAAGAUCAGUACGCCAAUUAUGUCGUCCAAAAGAUGUUAGACGUGUGUGAAGCUUCACAGAGGAAGGUCCUGAUGCACAAGAUUCGACCUCAUUUUGCAUCGCUCAGAAAGUACACUUAUGGGAAGCACAUCAUCGCCAAAUUGGAAAAAUUCUUUAUGAAGUCGGCCAAUAACGUCGUCGUCGUCUCAGAACUGGGACCAAUCGGCCCACCAACAAAUGGGCUAUAUACUCGUACUAUCUGAAGAAGUGCUGAACUGCAAAGAGUGAAGAAGAUAAAAGACAAGAUACUGUUACGUUUAAAAAAAAAUCCACUGAAUCCAAGAAACAAAUAAAGCUGCCAAUUAUGAGUCGUUUCAUGUA